UCUACCUCCUCCCUCCGCUCGGUUCUUUCCUCCUCUUUCCCCAAUCUUCGAAACUGCCUGCCUCUCAGUCUUCUCAUGGUGAAACCCUCGGAAUCUUCUUGAAGAUUCGAUGACGGAGGAGGGCGACGGCUCGGCGACGCCGCAGGAGGAUAAGCCAAGGGGCGGCGACGACGACGGCGGGACUCCGCCGUCACCGUCUUCUGAGAGGCCUCCGCCCGCCGAUCUCGGGUCCGAUGCUACCGCGGUGGUGAAGGGAGGCGGUUCCGGGGCUGUGCCGGCGGCCAAAGCUGAUGGCAGGUCGUUCUCGCAGCUCCUGGCGGGGGCCAUGGCAUCGCCGGUGGGGAGCCCACGCCCGCCGCCGAUCCUCACCGUCCCGGUGGUCGCCGUCCCCUGCUUGCUCGCCCCUGCCGCGUUGAUCGAGUCGCCUGGGUUCACGGGUCAGUUUGCAAUGACCCAUCAAGCAGUAUUGGCUGCAGUCACAGCUCAGGCACAGAUGCAGAUGCAAGCUGCAUAUCCUCCUCCAUCAGAAACAACGACGAAUUCAUUUCCACACUCUAUGCUUCCAGCUGUUAGCCCUGUACCAUUGCAACAAAUGUCAUCGGUGCCUGAGGCAUGCUCGGGUGAUAUUUACCACUGGCGGAAGUAUGGCCAGAAGCAAGUGAAGAACACAGAGAAUUUCCGAAGUUAUUACAGAUGUGCAGAUUCCAAUUGUUUAGCUAAGAAAAAAGUUGAGUGUUACCCAGAUGGCAAAAUUUGUGAUGUAAUCUACAGAGGUAAACAUAACCAUGACCCACCUCAAAAGUAUCGAUACACAAGGGACAGAGGAGCUCAGUCUGGUGGAUCCUCCAGGGAAAAUGAAAGUAUAGAACGUCUGAAAAACGAACUUAAUGAGUCAGGCUCUUCAUCCUGUAAGGCUGAGCAAAAUUCUGGAAAUGACACCCCUGAACAGCAGUUAGAUCAUUCAAGUGAUUGCAAAGGGGUUGCUGGGGUUACAACCAAGAAAGAUUUUGGGGAUGAACCAGAUCCAAAACGAAGGCUAAGUGAAAACACAAAAAGCUUCUCAAUGCCAGUACCUAAACAGGUUAAGGAACAUGUUGUACAGACUGAAAUCGAUGCAAAACAUUUGAGUGAUGGCUACAGAUGGAGGAAGUAUGGACAAAAAUUAGUGAAGGGGAAUCCUAAUCCUAGAAGUUACUACAGGUGCACACAUGAUGGAUGCCCUGUUCGUAAGCAUGUUGAGAGGGCAUCUCAUGAUGCACAAUCUCUUCUCAUCACUUAUGAAGGUAAACACAAUCAUGACCAGCCAACACCUAAAUUUGCCAGUGAUCAGCCAGCUAGUGACAGUCCAGUUAAAGAAACCGAUUCAAAAACAUCUUUGUCGGAUAGAAAUUCCUCGAAAGACUUGAAUCCAAAUAACUUGGCCAAUAAUUUAACUGGUGACAAGGCAUCAGAAUUUGGAGGUCACAAAGCACCAGAAGGUGCUCAAUCUCUCCCGAGCAGCAAGGGGGGCAGUGAGAGUACUGACCCUGAUGGUAUGAGAAAUCCUCUUCUCAGUGAAAAUCCGGCAGCAGUCCCAGUCGAGAACUGCUGAAUUUAUAUUCACACCAUCUAUGAUAUGUUGUAGUGUUGUACCUUAUGACAUGUCCAAUUGUUGUAUUUAGUUUGUAUAGUUUUGUAAUGCUGUGUAUCUUAUGUAAGUUCACAAACAGUUCAAUGUAGUAGUUUUUAUUUGAAAGGAUAACAACUGAUCAGAAACACAAA